AUUUUGACAUUUUCUCUUUUGUAAACAAAUAAACAAAGACAAACGUGCAGCUAAAAUGCCUCCUCCAAAGCUAAAAAUGCACCGAGCCCCGAACUCGGGGAAGCUCAAGGCAAUUCCUCGACCUCAACCGAUGCCAAGUACGUCACAGGAUCACGGAGCACAAUCGCAAGAUCAACGAGAGGCACAGGAAAAGUUCGAAUUGGAACUUGCUUGGUGCAUCCAAAGACUAGAAGAGAGCUUAAACUCGGGAAAAUUGAAUGAAAAACAAAACAGAGACACUCUGAAGACAUUAACGACACUACGGAGCUCUGCACAGCCAACAGUGAAGAAGCGUCAAUUGAUGAGAACCACUUUCGGGGACUACCGAGCAAAAAUGUCGGAGGAUGAGAAGACUUACUCCAUUAAUCCAAAUUCGUUCAAAUUUCUUGGAUCUGGAAGAUCGUCUAACAAAGCUUAUUUCGUGAAAAAGGCUGCAAUUGUCGAGGGAGAGAAAAAUUUCAAGUUCAACUUCAAUAUUGACUCAAAAAUGGACGAUUUAUCGUUGGAGGAUGAGAAAAAAGUGGAAAAAAGUUCCGUUGUUGCUCCUUCAAAGAUUGAUUUGCCUUCGAGUGGAUCAGGAUUUCAGUUUAAUUUUGCAGUCGACACUGACGAAACGUCAAACGAAUAAAUUUUACAACAAUUUAA